GGCGCGCGCAACCUCGCGGUCGGCGAAACGUGGGGAGUCGCCGCCGGGGAAAGUCACCGGCAUGCGGGCAGGAAAAAUCAUUCAUGCGGGCAAUCGAUGGGGAUGACGCGCGCCCACGCUGCGGUGUCGCGGAGAUGCGACCUCCUUUAUUGGCGCCGGCGUGGGAAUAUUCGAAAAUACGGGGUGGACUGACCCUCGGAAGUCUCAAGAUAAGUAUCGGGGAACGAGGCGCGAUCACCGAGGAAAGGAAUCGAACCAAAGAAAUAUUUCAUUAAGAAACUAGGUAGAGCUUCGCGCCAAACGCAUUAAAGGCCUGCGCGAACGGCACCGAAUACUUAACGCCAAUAUUCGCGGUACGACCGUCACUUCGUUAUGGACUUAUUUGCAUCCAUACUAUUUUUAGUGCCUCAAUUUUUUACUUACUACCGGGUGCCAUCAAUUAUUAUUCAAUACUGCUUAUCCUUCUUUUAGCGCGAUAAAAAAAAGAGGUGUAAUUACACUAGCACGCCUACGCCGAUGCCAGCAGGAUGUUAUUUGAAGCAACAGGCUUCGUAGAUAACGUAUUGACGCCGCCAUGGGAAUUUUGGGGGAUAGGGGAUAAAGUAAAUAUGUACCGUUAUGUACCAUUAAUAAAUAAGAAUAUCCGCAAUACUGCGGAAAUAGGCGAGUGACGACUAUCAUAUACCAACAGACGAUGUUAAUGAUGUUAAUGAGGCUUAUGAAUAAUAAUCCAAACCGGGAUGCCACGAUAAAGUGGUGGGAAAAUCAUUGUAGGGGGAAAAAUAUGUAUGGCGUAGUAAGUAACGUUUACGCACUUUCUUGUGCUUUUCAGCAUUAUAUACUCAAGAGUAGAGGGAGAAGGAAGGUUACUUUCGGCGAAUGACGCACUUGCAGAAGCGUGGGAUGAAAGGGCAUCCUGAAUACACGGACGUGAGUACGGUGGAUGAAAAAGUAAUCAAAGAGACAAUUGUAUAGCGACAUCGCGUCAUAAAACAAUAAGUUAAAAAUAUGCAAUCACCGAACUCGUUGAUGCCACCUGUUUAUUAAUCAAGGAAACGGAUUUAUCUUUACUUUGCUAGAUUUUUAAGGAACCACGUAUGUUCCGAGAAAACAAAAAAUAUGUGCUUGUACGUUAGUAGAUAGAAACAAUAAGAAUUAUUCCGCAUCACUUAGUUGGAUAGGUACUCAUAAACUAACAGUUGUUAUUCGCAUUUUAUUAUUUUUAAAUUCUCUCUAUUACGGUGCGUUGCCACUAGGUGGCAGGGGCUGCAAGUUGUUCAGAAAAUGUCCAUGUGUAUUGCCUUCCCAUUUCCUCUACUCGAUAAUAAAAUUUAAACUGAUUGUAGGGUUAUGUUUCAAUUGAAAUCAAUUUAUAUGAAUUUUGUAAAUAUUUUGAAAUAGAAGUGCUCGAUGAGACAUUUAAUGAGCUACUUACAAUGAUUACUUAUAAGAUAUUAUGCCGUUCACUGAAUCUACGCGCAAGACAUGUAAUGUCAAAAAUUGACAUUCAGAAACACAGAAGGUCCUGGCAGGUUUUAGUAAGUAAAUAUUCAACAGAAUCGCAAACUCUCAAAGAGUAUCAAAUACGGGUUGAGUACAUUCGCAACUUUAGUAUCAUCGCUCAUGUCGAUCAUGGGAAAAGUACCCUUGCAGAUCGACUAUUGGAAAUGACGGGAGCGAUCAAGGCAAACUCUGGAGCACAAGUAUUGGAUAAGCUGCAGGUUGAGAAAGAACGAGGAAUUACCGUGAAAGCACAGACGGCUUCGUUAAAAUAUACAUACGAGGGUACGGAGUACCUUCUGAAUCUUAUCGACACUCCUGGUCACGUUGAUUUUUCUAACGAAGUGUAUCGUUCCUUAAUUGCCUGUCAAGGUGUGAUACUUUUAGUCGAUGCAAACGAUGGAGUACAGGCUCAAACGGUUGCAAACUUUUAUUUGGCAUUUGGACAAGAUCUCGUAAUAGUGCCUGUGAUAAACAAGAUAGAUUUGAAGAAUGCUAACCCAGAAAGAGUUGCCAAGCAAUUAAAGACUCUUUUUGAUGUCGAGGCAGAUGAUAUUCUUAAGAUAUCAGCAAAAUUAGGUAUAGGUGUUGACAAACUCUUAGAGGCUAUUGUCAAAAGAAUUCCACCACCACCUGCCAUUAGAGAUGCACCAUUCAGAGCUUUAAUUUUUGACAGUUGGUUCAGUAAAUACAAAGGUGCAAUUAGUUUAAUUUAUGUGGCCGAAGGAUCUCUGUCUGUUGGACAGUUUAUCACUUCUGUUCACACAGGCAAAUCAUAUGAGGUCAAGACAAUCUCUAUUCUGAGGCCAGAUGAAGAAUUUGUGAAAACCUUAUUUGCGGGACAAGUAGGAUGCAUCGCCUGUAAUAUGCGAACUUCCGAAGAGGCUCAUAUAGGGGACACUUUGCAUUUGAAAGAUAAACCUGUGGAAGCUUUGCCCGGAUUUAAGGCUGCAAAGCCGAUGGUAUUUGCAGGGAUUUAUCCAAUGGAUCAGUCCCAAAACAUAGAAUUGAAGAAUGCUCUAGAGAAACUCAUACUUAAUGACAAUGCGGUCACUAUUGAGCUAGACUCCAGUCCGGCACUCGGUCAGGGCUGGCGUUUAGGUUUCUUAGGCCUGCUGCAUAUGGAAGUCUUUACGCAACGUCUUGAACAGGAAUAUGGAGCCCAGCCAAUAGUAACCGCACCUGGAGUGACUUAUAAAGCCAAAAUUAUUGGGCAAAAAAAUAUAUCAAAAUACAGAACUGAUGAAAUUCUAUUCAACAAUCCGGCUGCGUUUCCCCAAGUACAAAUUGUAUCUCAGUUCUACGAGCCAAUGGUAUUAGGAACUGUUAUUACUCCAGUGAAAUAUCUCGGGGACGUAAUGUCCUUAUGCAUGGAUAGGAGAGGUGUUGAAAAAUCAACAACCAGCAUUGACGAUGAGAGAAUACUGCUGCAAUUUACAUUGCCAUUGAAUGAGAUUAUCGUUGAUUUCCACGAUUCCCUGAAGUCCAUAACUUCGGGAUAUGCCAGCUUUGAUUACGAAGACAUUGGGUACGAACCUUCAAAUAUCGUCAAAUUGAGUAUUCUAUUAAACGGAGUGGCGAUUGAAGAAUUAAGCAGAAUUAUUCAUGCAACUAAAGCCAAAGAGGAAGGCAAACGAUUAUGUACAAAGUUAUUGGAUAUUAUUCCUAGACAGCAGUUUUUAAUCGCUAUUCAAGCAGCAGUUGGCGGAACAAUCUUAGCAAGAGAGAAUUUGAAACCAUUUAGGAAAGAUGUCACGUCAAAAUUGUACGGCGGAGAUAUUACGAGAAGGAAAAAGCUUUUAGCACAACAAGCGGAAGGAAAGAAGAAAAUGAAAGUAAUAGGUAAUAUUCCUUUACCAAGAGAAACUUUCAUUAAAGCGCUAAAACGUUAACAUCACGGUUCAAGGUUCUUUUAACUAUUGUUAACGAACCAAGACGUGAACGUUGAUACGAACUUGAUUUCCAGUCAAUUUUAGUUGAACACAUAGUUGUUCAUUUUCCAAUGUAUUUGUUGCCCUUGUAUAUUUAUAAACAAAAAUGCCAACGAAACAAUGUUCUCUAAUUUUCCGCAGAAUUUUGUUAUUAUCCACAAAUAAAA